AUGGGAUGUUUGAAGCAUUUAGUUUGUCUCAGGUUACGCUCUAUUCCAAUCAAGAGACUGCCGAACUCUGUCACUGCUCUCAGAAAUCUUCAAAUAUUAGAUCCUUAUGGAUCUGGUAUUACAGAACUCCCAUCCAGCAUUUCUAAGCUAACUUCCCUAAAAAAUUUGGAUGUUAGUUCCUGUGAACAUCUACAGUGCAUGCCUUAUGGGAUCUCACAGCUUAUGUCUUCGGUGUACCUAGAUGCAAAGAACUCUCCAAAUAUAAGGUGGAAUAAGUACAGAAGGGAUGGGCUUUUAAUUAAUGAUUUGGGGACCCUAAACCAACUCAAAAGGUUGGGACUUAUUAAUAAUGGUGAAAUAAUUCGUGAAGGAAUAUUGGGAACCAUGAAACAGAUGAAAUCUCUACAUUUGUCUCUAGCAGAUAUGGAAAGCCUAUCCCAAGACAUAGCUGCCAUGUCAAAAUUGAGGAAACUUUUCCUUUCAUGUCCUUAA